CAUUCCUCAUCAACUCUGAAGCCCAAGAUUCCUAUCACAUACUUCUGUCUCUGACAUUCAACCCAAAGGGAAAAAAAACAAACCUUGAACUACUUUAAAAAGAAAGUGCCAAUCAGGUAACGUUCCCUGUCGUACCUACCUCGAAAAGUUCCUCAGUUGCGCUUGCUGUUUCUGUCGCUUGUGAUCUAGGAAAGUACGUCCGGCUACUCGACCUAUUCCGUCUACGAAACGAUUCCAUUGUCUCUUCAACAUCUUCGCUAAAUACACUUCUCGCAGCGUACCAACAUAUCCUAUUACUGGAUAGCAGCCGUUAUCAUUGCAUUUGCACCGCUAUAUACGUUUAUCGACUUCAUCACUUCCAUCAGUACCAUCACGAUGCACUUCUCCAACGCCGUUCUUGCUUUCGGAGCUUGCUUGUCCCAGCUCGCUGUCACGGUUCAAGGCUUCGCAUUCACCGAAUGGCCUAAGGAGAUCCACCCUGGACACUCCACCACGGUGAAGUGGGACGGAGCAUCGAGUGCGCUUGUUACGAUCGAGUUGGCUAGAGGCGAAUCAACCAACCUGCACCGCGUCAAGACCAUCACUGCCGAGGUUCCCGGUGACGCUGGCUCUUUCACCUGGGUUCCCAAGGACGAUAUCGAAGAUGGUGAUGACUACGCCCUAACCAUCAAGCAAGGUGACGAGACCAACUACACCGGGCAUCUGAAGGUCAGCCAUGAUGAGACGCACAUCCCACUCGCGAAGGGCCCUAAUCCUUCGAAUGCCACGACCACCACGCUCUCUACGGCUCGCCCUACCCACACGAAUGCUAAGUCGUUGUCCGAUGAUUCUCACAUUGUUUCCGGCAAGAGCACUGUGGGCCAUGGCGAGCAGACUGGCGCAGCUUCGUUUAUCGGUGUGUCUGUUAACUUAGCACUGGGGGCUGUCGCUGCGGUUUUCGUCUUGACGACAUAGAGGAUAUAAUUGGAAUUUGCACGCACUUUGGAUUGGUCGUAUUUUGCAUUUCUUGGGUCAACUGGAUUGCUCCAAGCAGAAAAAGAAAAUGUUAUCUUGUACGCGCUGGUUUUGUUUUGAUGGCUGGUGUAUAUAUGGACCGGAGUCACAUAUCUGUACUUUUAUACGUGUUACGGCGUACGGUGGGAGGAACCAUGGUUUACGUGUUCGUCUUGGUCAUUUUGGCGCUUUUGUCUGUUCAUGGUCAUUUUCACGAAUUGCUUCCUGUCUCUUACGAGACGAGUCAAUCAUGGGUUUUACUGCUAUAAUCGAUCCAUACAAUAUGAAGAAUUGAUAUCUCCCUUACCUUGCUCUGAUCUGUCAUAUCUCCAUGCAUCGCUCGUAGAAUAUCUAUCGUUUGUCAAUAUCUUUAAUUUUGGCUAAAUGAGUAAAGUGCCUUUUUG